AUGGAAAAGCCCUCUCAUAUUAGCCCACAACUGUCUGACUUAUUCUGUCAGUAUACAGCCAGCCAAAAGUUCGGUCUUCACAAGUUCGGGGAUAAAGUUCGGCAUUUCAACCCACUCACUUAUAUCCAUCUCGGUGCUCUCAUCCCCGAUCGACUCAUUCUCCAGACCGGCCUCGACUUGUCAAAACAUCACCCAUGUCUUCAGCAGCUUCUUCUACAGGCAGUCCUCGGCCCAAACGUCGAAGACGUCGACCAGCGCGAUCGUUUUCCCAUCUCGGGAUCGUUCCACCCCGUCCAAGUCGAACCAUGGUUCAAUGAUGCCAAAGCGGAUCUUAUCGAGACCUUGCAAGAGGCUCGAAAUCUCCGAUUCGCUCUCAAGAAACAAAACGCAGCCAAUCUUGAGCAGCCAAUCCGGGACUUGCGUGAGACUCUCCCCGUGAAGGAGACUUGCGAUGAUCUCAUCCGGUGUUAUCUCCGCACCUUUGAGCCCAUGUACCGAAUCAUCCAUGUCCCGUCCUUUUGGAACGAGUACAGUCAAGUGUGGGUGGGGGAGCAUGCGUCAACCCUUCAGCCUGUCUUUCUUGUCAAGCUGACCUUGAUCCUUGCCCUUGGAACGACCUUCAAGGAGGUCUCUGAUGAUGCCGAGGCCAACCACCUAUGGCGGCUUGCGCAGACGUGGAUACAGAACGCACAGUGGUGGCUCACAGGGCCAAGCGAGAAGACCACAUAUAACCUGGAUGGCCUUCAAGUCUUCUGUCUCUUGCUCCUUGCUCGCCAAACCACAUUCAACUGCCGUGGCGCAACGUCAUGGCUCUCUUCGGGGUCGCUGCUCCGCGCUGCCAUCACCAUGGGGCUUCACCGCAACCCCAAGUUGUUUCCAGGUCUAUCGCUGUACCAAAGAGAGAUUCGUGCACGUCUCUGGACCACAGUCUUGGAAUUGUCUGUGCAGUGCUGUCUUGACCUCGGUCUGCCGCUUAGCUUCUCCGACAUCGACUACGAUGCCUGCUCACCGUCCAACUAUAACGACUCCGAUCUCGAAUCUGGUUCUGAGCCAACGCCCAAGCCUCUGGACACCCCCACAGAUUCUAGUCUGCAAGUUUUGUUAGCACAAUCUCUUCCGUUAAGGGUUGAGGUCAUCCGCCUGCUCAACGAUUUUCGCCACCAACAAUCCUACGAGAAAGCUUUAGAGAUAGGCACAAAACUGCGUACCGCGUGCCGUGAUGUGGCAGCCUUCUUCCACUCCAGUAAGGUCGCAGAUGGCAGUUUUGCGGAUACGUGCAGUCUCAGGCCGAACGUGUUCCACCGAAAACUGAUGGAUAUCCAACUAAGACGGUUCAUCAUGUUUCUUCAUCGCGACUUCAUGCUGCAGGCCAGGGCCGAUCCGAGAUUCUACCUCUCUCGCAAAAUAUGUGUUGAGGCUGCCUUGGUUAUCGCAUCCAGCGACAAGGGGGCCGACCUCAACCAGCCCCUCCAACGGUGGGAGGAUACAUGGCGGCUUGCUCUUGUUGGUCGGGGGUUGUUCAAGUGCUCCUUGAGCUUCGAUGCCAUGCUGAUACUGUCCCUUGAGGUCAUCACUCAGUUGCAGGAUGAAGCUGCGCCGAGUUACGAAGCUGAUGUCCUCGACGAGAUGGCCAAAGCUACCCGAGCCCCCCUGAUCCAAGUUCUCGAAAGCAUGCAAGAACAGCUAACCCAGCUCAUUGCACGAGGCAACACUAGUCUUAAGAGACUCUUGUUCGUCAACGCCCACCUGACGCAGAUCCGCGCGCUAGAGUCAGGCCAGCCGAUGAAGCAAGCAGUAUACGAAGCCCACGCCCAGACCUUACGCAACUGUGUUGCGGUGCUGCGGGAGACGACGGCGGGCGCGACACCCCAGGAGUCCAUGGCGACUGCAGACACUCUGAGCACCGACUUUUUCCCUCCCGAAUUCUUUUCAGCAGAGAACCCCAUGGAAUGGGACAUAUCCAGCCUCCUGGGGAUCCCUACCAUGAGCAGAGACGGCCAAGCUCAAUGGCCCGUAUCAUAUUGA